CUCUUCUUCUGCACUGAGACGACCUCACUGCUCUGCCGCCGUGUACAGUGACUGGAUCACUCGCCUGCAGAGAUCGGACCUCGUAACCUCGUCUCGUGUCUGAGCCUGUGAGCAGAUACAUUUGAUGCUGAGUGGAAGAAUCUGACCUCCAUCACACAAGGACCAUAACAGAUCACAUGCAGUCUCAGCAGCCCGUGGAAGUGGUCGGUGAUCCCAAUGGCUCCCGGGGCAUCGUCUACCACUCCGAGGGGCCCGGAGUUUCCUCGGGACAGCGGAUGCUUACUUCUCCAGAGAUGACCCAGGAAGUGGUCAUCUCCCCCGGACUCCCCACUCCUCCGCUGAGCCCUUUCCGCUCAGCGCGGCAGCCAUCUGGAGAGUUCAAGGUCCCUGACGUAAAUGGAAGUGGAACUCUCAGCUUUGGAUCGUAUUAUGGCCCCUCUCAGUCACAUGCAGGUGAUUUGUCCAACGGCGUCCAUGCCUCGUCCACUUUACCACGCAGCUGGACGCCGGCCAGAGAAGAGAGACUCAUCAAGUACUCUGGAAUCGGUCCAGUGGAUGAAACCGGGAUGCCCAUCGCCUCCAGAUCCAGUGUGAACAAGCCCAGAGACUGGUACAAGAGCAUGUUCAGACAGAUUCACAAGAAGCCAGAGGAAUCUGAAAUGGAAGAAUCCGAUCGAUGGUUAGCCGAACGACUCAGCCGGUUAUCUGCCAACACAGACCAAAACAACCACGCAGACGGGAAUCUGUUCAGACUGACGCCACACGGAGCUCUACCAGACUGGAGUGAGGACGUAGAUAAGCUGUCAGACCUGGGAAAGCAGCCGACUCAGCCGAGGAGCAUAUUCGACUUUGAACCAGGAAAGAGCAGCAGCGGAGGCGGCGGCAGCAGUAGCAGCACUCAGACGUAUUUAUCUCCGAAGACACAGCCCGAGAAACCAAAGUCCCCCUCACUGGAGGCCAGUCUGGUCUCUGAGCUGAGUCGCUUCGAGGCUGAGCUGGACUCGGAGAUCCAGGGUCUGGAGAGGAGACUUUCCCAGAAGCAGCAUCAGCAACAGCAUCAGCAGCAGCCGCAGCAUCGAGGCCGGGGUGAGGAGGCCAGAGGCAGAGAUCCAGCAGCUGCUCCAAAGACUGGAACUGCAAACUACAGCAAUUUUUCAGCCCCAAAGCAGCCUGUGCAUCGCUCUGUUGGCACAUCACUGACUUCUGCUCCCACCUAUGUAGAGCGUCUUUCCCCCGCCCAUGACACCAUGGAGCUUCCAGUUAAGAAAGAGGAGAAAAAGAUGAAAGCAGCGAGAGCCAAGUUCAAUUUCAAGGCUCAGUCGCCCAAGGAGCUCACACUGCAGAAAGGAGACAUUGUUUACAUCCACAGGAAGGUUGAUGCCAACUGGUUUGAAGGAGAACAUCACGGAAGAGCUGGGAUAUUCCCCACAUCUUAUGUAGAGGUUCUUGCUCCUACAGAGAAGCCGACACCUAUAAAGUCUCCCACUCUGCAGGUGCUGGACUACGGGGAAGCUGUAGCUCUUUAUAACUUCAACGCUGAUCUACCAGUUGAACUGUCCUUUCGUAAAGGUGAAGUGAUCAGCAUAAGCAGGCGUGUUGAUGACAAGUGGUUGGAGGGCAGGAUCUCGGGGACGAGCCGGAGCGGCAUCUUCCCAGCCACAUACGUCCAGGUCAACAAGAUGCCUCGCACCAGAUACUCCUCCUCUGACGACUACUCACCCAUGUCCCCCACGUCGCCCGGUCCCCAGAGUCCGGGCCGUCCACUCCACUCACCCUGUCCACGCUCACCCUUCACCCCCACGUCCCUCAGCCCCAGAUCUGAGCACUCCCCACUGAAGCCGUCUUCACCCGCACCGUACGGCAGCCCACUCUCACAGUCGCGCUCCCCCACACUGACAGCCAACGACACGGCCUACCUGUGGCCCCAGAGCCCGCACAAAACGACGUCACCCACCACCCACCAGAACAGCCACUGGUCUGGGACUCACUCUCCCAAACAGAACUCCACAGCUCGAGCCGUUUCACCGUCCACUCAGUCAGCGUCUGCACACAGAGCAGGAGGCGCCGCGGAGAACACUUCCAGACACACUGAUCCCUCACAGGGUGCUCCGUCUAAUCCACACGUCAACUCCCAGCCACAAACUGGUGCAACAGUGGGCCAGCGCCAACCGUACAAGGCCGUUUACAACUACAAACCACAGAAUUCAGAUGAGCUGGAGCUCAGAGAAGGAGACAUUGUACAAGUGAUGGAGAAAUGUGACGAUGGCUGGUUUGUAGGUACGUCAGAGAGGACUCGUGCUUUUGGAACUUUUCCCGGAAAUUACGUGGCACCAGUUUGACUCCCGCACGUCCCUUCACUCACCCGCAUCUGUCUGGACUCAAAACGAGCCCCGAGUUCUCGCUUCAGUUCACUCUGACAGAAACAGCUUUGACACCCCUGCAGCAUUUGGGUCGUUCCAUUAGCCGCCACACUCCACAGCCCGGUUUGGUCCAAACCCUGCAUGUUUCCUCUGUUUCCCAGAAGUGAGGUGAAGACAGGGGCACUGUGUGUGGUUUCUCACUUCCCUGCAUGAGUGUGUGUUGCACUGAGACUCAGAGAGUGUUUUCGCACACACACACACACACACACACACACACAGGAAAGAAUGAAUGCUGAUGAUACUGUUUCACAUGCAAAGAAUGGUCUUUUUUGUUCCACAGCUAUUUGCAGCUGCAGGAAAAUUUGCAUUCUUUGCCUCUGAACAGCACAGAUGUCCACUUCUGAUGUCCCCACAAUGCCGCCACCAACCACUGCUGUCGAAUGUGAAUGAGGAUGGUACACACAAUCCCCCCGCCCCAAGCAUUUGUUGAAUCACUAAUUUCUUUUUCCUUUUUCAAAUUAUCUCCUCCAGAUUUCCAUUCCGAUCUCUGAAAAAAACAAAUCCCUGGGCAAAUUUGUGGAAACAACAUGAACCUCUGUAGAAGUGUGCUCAGCAGCACAGUAAGGGCUCGGACAUGUCAAGAUAAGUUUACCGCCUUUUAAAAAGGGGCUUUGCAGAAGAGCGAAUGUAGUUAAUGCAUGUUUAUAAAAUGUGUUCAUUAUAUCUAGACUGUUUGGCUUUGUUGUGUGUGUGUGAUGUUUGUCCCUCAAGUCAUGCAGAUGAUUUGCCAAAGGUGAAAGUAAAGAGACAGAUUGUGUCCUAGGGCUGUCACUUUUAACAAAAAUUAGGUUUGAACGAAUAUUUCAUGACGCACUGUUCCUUUGGAGUGUUCCCCCAUACACACACACAACUCAUUGUCUACCGCUUUAUCUUCCAAACGAGGGUCACAAGGGGAGGAGCCAAUCCCAACUGACAUAUGGCGAAAGGCGGGGUCACACCCUGGAUAGUGUCCAAUUAACCUCUGCAUCUAUUUGGACUGUGGGAGGAAACCGGAGAACCCAAAGAAUACCUACUCGCAUACACACACACAGGAUUCAGACCAGCAACCUUCUUGCUGUGAGGCAACAGUGGUAGCCACUCGACCACCUUUGACCACACACACAUUCACGCAAACAUGACAUUAUUUAUUAUUACUUUUACUACUCGUUUAUGAAGUCACAAGAACCUCACUCGGUUGGAGCUAACAGCUAAGCUAACAGUGAGUCAGCAGAUUUUUUGGCUAAUUUGCUGCGGUGUAGAACCUGAGACACUUAGACACACAGUUUACUUUUAAAAAGACAUAAUUGUCCUCCAUUUUUACAGAGGAACCAGUCGUGACGUCACUAAUUGUACUUCAGCACCUUGAGAUUUACAGAUUAGCUUGCGCCAUGUUGACGUUAAGACAGACGUGUCUUAAUAGCAUAGUAGCUGUCAAGUCCACUCAUAUGUGCUGUAUUUUAUCCUCUUUUUUAACUCUAAGUGGGAACAAAAUUAACAAAAUUGACAUUAUGUUUUGAUUGAAGAUUGAAGACAUUUUUAAUGAUGCUGUACAUCAACUGGGAAGAAGGCUAAUUUUCUUUUCGCAAACAGAGGGGGCGCCCCCUGGUGACUAAUCAGUAUAUGGUUACUUUCGUGUUGGAAACUGGACAACUGUUUUUUUUACAUUACAUUUGAAGUUUGAAAUGUCCCCCCUAAGUUUGAACAAAUAUCCAACAUAAAAAGUAAAAAGUGACAGCCCUAUUCUGCUCUGUGCUCUAAAGGAAGUUGUUCUGAAAUGCAGCUUCAGGCUUUUGUCAGUCCUACAUUAUUAUCUGUGUUGAACAGCUAAAGAUAAAUGUAUGCCUCCACAGCAAUUAUGUGUAUGGUAUAUUUUUUAAAAGCAAUGCUUUAUGUGCUAAAUCUAUAUUUUUGCAAAAUUCUACACUGAACCAUCCCAGCACUCUUGUGUUUCUGCUCCGUUUUGCUGCCACUGGUUUUACAUUGUUUACCUCUGCUGCCCAGAGAGUUACCUUUGUCACUUUGAACAACAACAACGAAAAAAACAGUAUUCAGAAGAACACUCGUGCUCGUGCCAGCGCCGCCUUCAAGGAAUGUUAUCUCUCUUCGUCGUCAUGAAGUCAGUUUGUUUUGAUUUAUUCAUGAUUUCACUGUAAAAAAAGAAAGAAAAGACAAAUCAUAUUUAGACAAAAAUAUGAGAUGAUUGUACAGACUGUAACAUGUAUCCAAUUAAAAGUAUAAUAUAUUUGCUU